AUGAAAAAAGGAUGGGAAGAACAAUUACGAAAUGAAUUAAAAUCAACAUUAAAAAAUGCUGGAUAUAGAUCAGAUGAUGAAUCUAAUGAAGAUUCCGAUGAAGAGUUAGCUGAUCGACUUCAAGAUCAACCUUAUUUUCAUGGUAUUCUACCACGUAAUCAAAGUGUUAGUCAAUUAAUACAAAAAGGAGAUUAUUUAGUUCGUAUAAAUGAACAAGGAAAAUAUGUUUUAUCAAUUUUAUGCGCUGAUCCAGAUAAUUCAAGUAAAUUAAAAGAUGGUCAUUUUUUUAUUCAUGAACGAAAUCAAAUGUAUUCAUUACAACCAGAUGUUUAUUCAAAACCAUCUGUUCAUGAAUUAAUUUCAUUUUAUAAAAGACAAAAAAUUGAAUUACGAGAUGAUGGUACACGAUUAAUUCGACCUAUAGCAAGACCAGAUUAUAUCAUUAAUAAUGAUGACGUUCGUAUAUUUGACACAUUAGGAAAAGGUCAUUUUGGUCAAGUUGCUCGUGGUGAAUUUCGUGGUAAACCUGUAGCUGUAAAAAUUCUUCAUGAAUCAUCAACAGCUCAAAAUGCUCAAGCUCGAAAAAAUUUUAUAAAUGAAGCUCUUUUACUUCAACAAUAUAAACAUAAAAAUAUUGUUAAAUUUCUUGGUAUUGCUGCAAUACAUGAUCCACUUAUGAUUAUUAUGGAACUUAUUGAACAAGGAAGUUUGAAUAAUUAUUUAAAAAAUAAUGAAUUACGUGUUCCACAAUUAAUUCAAAUGUGUUAUGAUAUUGCUAAAGGAAUGGAAUAUUUAGAAAAACAUAAUAUUAUACAUCGAGAUUUAGCUGCUCGUAAUUGUUUAGUUGAUAAAAAAAAUCGAAUAAAAGUAGCGGAUUUUGGUCUCUCAAGAUGUUUACAAUCAGAUGAAGAAUAUUUUUGUCAGAUUAAAGAAAUUCCAAUACGUUGGUGGGCUGUUGAAGUAUUUUCAAAUGCACCAUAUACAAGUAAAUCAGAUGUUUGGUCAUAUGGUAUAACUAUUUGGGAAGUUUUUUCUAAAGCAGAUACACCUUAUUCACAUAUACCACUUAAUCAUUCUGUUAUUGAUGCAGUUAAACAUGGUGAACGUUUAAAACAACCAGAAAAAUGUCCAUCAAAAAUUUAUACAAUAAUGAUAACAUGUUGGACUGUAGAUCCAAAAGAUCGACCAAAUUUUGAAAGACUUGUUGAAUUAUUAAAAAAAGAAAAACCUUUAUUUUAA